AAAUGUGUCUCCACUUCCGGGUUCACGCAGUGUGGGGCAGGUCUUUUCACGUCUUGGUGUCGUGAAUGUUUCCCGCUUUCCUCUCUAUUCCUACUUUUCAUAUCACUGACCUUCCACCAGGUAAAUAUCACACCUGUCUCGCGAUCGAUACUUUUACCUGAUUGAUUCAGCUUUUGUUUGAGUAGGAGGAGUCGUUUGUUUAAGCAUGAGUGCCAAGGAUCAAACCCAACAACAACAACAACACGGCGGCUCGAGUAGCUACAGCUCCUCGGCGGGUACAGGCACCAGCAGCAUGGAGACACUCGGCACGCAGGACGUCAUCGACGGGGACCACUACGAGGAGGAGCCCGAGGCCGAGCCGAUCUGGGGCCGCCUGUUUCCAGUGGGCUCGGCGUUCACGUCCCUAGACUUGAUCCAGGAGGAGUACAGAUUUGGUCGGGACUCCAAGGCAGAUUACAGUUUUGACUCUCCUGCUAUCAAGAAGAGCAUGUACUUCCAGGCUUACAGCAAGAACCACUUUCGAAUCUUUAGGGAGAAAGUGUCGGACUCCUGUUAUAAUGUCUUCCUUGAGGAUACCAGCUCUAAUGGAACCUUUCUGAACGGAGACAAGGUUGGCAAACACAAGAAACAGCUGCUGAGGAACAAUGAUGAAGUAGCGCUGGCCAUGAAGAAGAACAAAGCUUUUGUAUUUAUGGACAUGAAUGCUAACGAGGACAUGAGUCUACCAGAGGAGCUCAGACGGAAGUACACGCUUUCAAGAUUCCUUGGGAAGGGUGCUUGUGGAGAGGUCCGACUGGCGUUUACCAAGGGAACUUGUCACAAGUUUGCUGUGAAGAUCGUCAGCAAAAAGGUCUUCACUAUAGGAGGCAGGAACCAGAGAGCCCUUGAUCCAGAGAGAAUCUUUGGGGAGGUGCAGAUCAUGAAGGGCUUAAAACAUCCCUGUAUUAUCAAGAUAGAAGAUGUGAUAGACACAGAGGACACCUUGUACAUAGUGCUGGAACUGGUUGAGGGUGGAGAGUUGUUUGACCGUGUGGUGUCGCUAGGCCGCUUCACCGAACCUGUUGCAAAGCUGCUCUUCUACCAAAUGCUGGUGGCUGUUAAGUAUUUGCAUGAGCAAGGAAUCACCCAUAGGGACCUGAAGCCGGAAAAUGUGCUGCUUGGCUCUGAUGAAAUGGAGACCAUUAUCAAGGUUACAGAUUUUGGUUUGUCCAAGUUUGUUGGAGAGAACUCCCUGAUGAAGACCCUGUGUGGCACCCCGAGCUACCUGGCACCCGAGGUGCUGAGGACGGCCGGCAUGGGCGGCUACACCAAAGCUGUGGACUGCUGGAGCCUUGGGGUCAUCCUAUUUGUCUGUCUUGGCGGGUAUCCUCCCUCAGAUGAGCGGAAGGACAUGAAGUUAGAAGAGCAGAUCAUCCGCGGUUCAUACCAGCUACAUGAGAAGUACUGGAGAGGAAUCUCUGAUGAUGCCAAAGACCUCAUCAAGAAGCUCCUGACAGUUGAUCCCAAGAAGAGAUUCACUGUGACUCAGGCACUCAACCACCCAUGGCUCAAGGACCCAGAAAUGACAGCCAAGGCAAACAAACUGAUGUUCCCUGCAGCAGCUGGAAUGCCUCCACCACUAUCUGCUGCAAGCAGAAAGAGGCCCCACCCUGGCCAGGAGGAAAGCCACAACCCCAACACCGCGGCCCCUCCCACCCCGCCACCACCAAAGCGCCAGGCAGGUGAUGAAAGCUCUAGCAGUGGGAGCGGAUCAUCCACGUCCACAUCUGCCAUGUCUGAGGACUCAACGGCCUUGUCACACACCGGAUUGUCUGACGGAUAGACCCAAGGACCUGCGGCUUAUGGAAGUUAACUUGUAAGGACCUGCCAACAAUAACAACCAUCCAUCAGUGAACAGCUAAGAAGACUCAGGGCCAGUAUAGUUAAGGACCUUCCCUCCAACCUCAACAUCCACUGCCAGCAUGGCUGCAACUCUAUCCUUUUCUUCUGCAACACUGCCAAUGAUUUUAGCUAUUUUCAACAUGUGCUUGAGCUUCAAUCUAAAAACACAACUGUUCAUGCUUCAGUAAAGAUAGAUUGCUAUGCCACUUUACUGUAGGGUCAAACCAUUUUGAGGGGUGGAAGAAAUAAGAAAGUUAAAAAAUUUGUAGUCUGCUCUUUUUCUCAUAAUUUAUCAGCUUAAUUGCAACUUUGCUGAGCUCUCUCUCUGUACUUGCACUCUGGUCGCUUCUUUACCAUCUGCCUGAAUAAGAAAGCAUUAGCCCUUGCACUUGUGUGGUGUAAGUUUCCAUAUUGAUGUGGUAGACGCCAACUUCUGACUCCUAGCAGCUCCUAGAGAGCCAUGAAGGUCAUUGCAAAGGGUGCACUCUAUUGAAAACAUGGGCACAUCAUCACUUUGGUGAUGGAUUCUGAAUGGAGAGCUCACAGCAAAAGUGGCAACUUGUUGAAAGGGAGCCGGGGCUUUAAUGUUUUUCAUCUGAAAGGCGGAAUAAAUGGUGCAAGGACGUAUUUAUAAUGUGGGGAGGGGGGUGUCCUUGAGCUGAGUAGGAACAGUGGCAGAAAUACUGUAUGAAUUUUGUAAAUUUUGGAGUGGAACAAACUGUGCUAGGUCAAAGAACAGGAUAAUAAAUGAUGCAGGGAGGGGCCCGGGGAUUCUUGAACACAGUAGAAACAGUGGUAACAAUAUUGACUGUAUAGAAAUUGAAGUAAAGAGUAUAGCAAAACAAAGACAUAGGCAAAUUUUGAAAUGUUAAGUCUCUUGUUUUGGAAUCUGUGUCAUAUGUACUUGCAAAAAGACAUUCCUUAUGCAAUGCAGAUUCUAGGUAUCUAUUGUGCCACAAAACCCGUGUAUAUGUAUGAUCACAAAUGGAACUGCACAGAAUGUAGGAUAUCACUACAGUGAGAGCAUGAGAAAGUAAGAUUCACAUGUGGAAACUGGCAUACUAUCCUGUACUUAGUAGUAAAUAUUCUAUAAAAAUACAAUGAUGUACUUUGGAGGUAAAACUUCUUAGCCUUGAACAUGAGCUCCUUGAUCGAGAAGUAUGAUAUUGUCAAAGUAAUGACAUAUUAUAUGUGGUGUAACUAUUGUUCCAAUUUAGAAGUAGUCUGUUUUAUACUGUUCAGGUAGAAUAGUGUAACUAGCUAUAAUGUACAGUACAUGUUAUGGGAUAUUUGGUAUCAGCUUAUUGCCAAUAACCCAAUGUUGCUCUCACAGAAAAUAACUGUGUGUAGCACUUUUAUUAGACAAAGUAAUAUACAUUGUUACAUAACUAUUCCUGAUCAUCAGUACAGUAUAGUCGACAUCAAAUGAACCAAUAUGAUUGAAUGCACUUAGAUGUUAUAGAAAGUACACCCUAUGGCCACAUGUAACUGUUUUAUGCAAAGUAUGAAAUAUAUAGACUUUUUCUAUGAACUAACAGCCACAUUUGUGUAGAAUCAUAGCAAUGCCAAUUUGCCAUUAACUAAGUGCAGAGUGAAAUAAAC